UGUAAUUUUUGACAUUACAUACCCGCAUCAACAGUCCAUCUUGACCCAGACUCGAAACGUUUUCCAUACUUCCUUCGUCCAUCACAGUUGCAACUAACUCCAGGAAAUCUGUCACAGAACAUGUACAUGUCAGAACAUAGCAGCUCCAGCUUAAACUUUCCACCUUCUUCCUUUUUCCAUCCGUCUGUGGUUGGUCAAAACUCUCUGCCUGUCUAUUCUGACCAUGAACAGCCUUUAGAUGUAUCUACCAGAAGAACAAAAGACAGCAAUGUUCCCCUUAUAUUGCACCCUCAACUAAGUCAAAUAACUUCUAAAAAGAACAAGAUCUGGAGCAAAUAGCUCACCAGACAUGCCUUUAAAACAAAUCUCUGGGGAACUGUAUUCUCUUAAGUCAUCUUUUAAGUCCCUUAAAUCUGGGAAAUAUAUUUGCAGAGGCCCCUGCUUCAGAAAAAGGAAACUACAUGAGAAAGAUUCCCUUAUUAUUGCUUGUACCAGUGAUCUCCCUGACUACAAUUGUUGUCAAACUUCUGGUUCAAUCACAGAAACAUGAAUGACAAAAAAUGCAGAAGGUUCUACAUACAUAGCCCCAAAUUUAGCUGCCCCUCUAGAUCAAAUACAAAUACCCACGAACGAUCCCUGGGUUACUGUCUGCACUGAAAGAAGCAGAACAAAAGAUGCAUUUCAGCUUUCGUCUGAAAGCGAAACCAAUAGGUGAAAGUGAUGCCCCGAUGGAAAAAGGAGGCACCUGUUACAGCUGUUCCUUCCAACCUUCAGUAUCUCACCAACCCCUCUGGAGACCAUGUUUGUGAUGAAAUUUUAAGCUUAUUUGACAUUGAGUUGCCUGAUAUGGUUAGCCUGAGCCAAUAUAGUUUACUAAAUGACUGUGCUGGCCAGAACACUUCCUCUUUUUCUGUUCAAUACGAUGAUCGUAGAUCUCCUUUAUCAGUCCGUUUUUUACAUUUUAUGAAAGGAAAAUACUCAGAUGAUGAAGGCCCCAACUUUUCUAACUCUAAUUCUACUGUCAAUAUACAAACCUGCUCUCUCCAAAUGGAGGCACCUAAUACAGCUGUGCAAACAGAAACUCAUGUUUUUAUAAACAUCACAGGGUUUUCUGGUUUCGAUAAUGUCAAGGAUGAAGAUUCACCACCUGACCUGGUCCGAGCGCUGGUUCUGCUGUUCUACAGGCCCCCAGCUGACCCUGAUCCUGAAUCCCUCCUCAAUGUGUUGUUGCUACCGAGGAACGUUGUUCUCCGGGAUGUGCAGCGCAUCAGGAAGAAGUUAGCUGGAGAUGAUAGCUACAUAGUGACCCCCCACACUUUAAACUGCACCCACAGCAGGAAUAUUCUCUGUCUACUUGUCCUGAAGACGACUCAGUUCUAGUUCAACCGACAGAAGCAGAGUUUGACUGUGACAACUUCUUCCCAUCAUUCCAGGUGAGCUUAGAAACAAUAAUGAAACACAUUAAGCUGUUUUUGAGGGACACCAACAGCUCCCAGUGUCUGGGAAAGACGAGUUUGUCUAUCAUCCACUGGAGUAAGAAGGCCCUGUGGGCCGAGCGACGUGAAUCUCUGUCCAAGGACCUGUUCUCAAAAGUCUGCUGGACAAACUGUUGGAGAAAAAGGUGAUGGCUGAUCCUGAGAGGGAGUCAGCGGACUCGAAGAAAAACUUAAAGAUGGAUCCCAAUCUCAUGUCUGUGUAUUGAGAACUGAGCUACAGUCAGGAUGUAGUUGAUCAUUUAGACUAGAGGCAGCUUUGAUGGAGUUAGACUUAUAAAAUACAAUAGUGUCAGUAGUCAUGUAGUCAGUAGUCAACAGGCAGAGACUUGAUUUCCCUGAAACAUGUUGACAUAACACAGGUAGAAAAACAUGUUAUACAAUGUGGAGGGUGUGGAGACAAAACGUAAUCAGUGUGGAAACACAAUGACAGAGAACGUCCGUGUUUGAUAAAGAAGGGCUCAGCAUUCAAUGCGAUAUUUAGAAUAUAAAACGUUUGAAGAAUCAAGUAAUAACACACAGCUUGUGUGUUCAUCCAGCCACAACACGGGGUAUGUGAGCAAGUAAAACACUGAGGAGCCAAAAAGAAUAGAGUGGAUAAACAAUUAAAACAAAAAAUUAUUGUAAUAGCCUAUUAGAUGUCAAAAAAGGGAAUUGAAUUUAAUCUGUGGCUGAAGAAGGAAGUCGAGACAAAAGAGAAAACACAGAAAAAGGAAUAACCAAAAUGAACACAUAGGUCUCACGAAGUGUCCAGAAAGUCAGAUUUUUGACAGACACAAGCACGGAGAUCUCCUGACUUCUGUUGCUCAUUGAGCUCCACUGACUCGGAUCGUGACCUUCAUGAACGCAGCAAAAUGGCGUCUGCUGCGAAACAUGAAAGAAGAGAAAGAGAAGAAUCAUGUUUCAGCAGAUCAGCCAGAAGUAUCAGGAGAGCUCUGUCCAGGAUUUGCAGAGGUAGAGAUAAUUCUCCCCCUGACACCAUAGACUUUCCGCUCUCUGAAACACCAAAUCUACUUAACUCAAUGCAUGUUUGCGAUGGGGGUAAUACUAGAUACCAGCUUGACAGGGAAGACGAGGUACCUCUGUGUUUGUUUUCUCCUUCCCCCUCUCAGCUGGAAACUGAUGGUGGCCUCAGCUCAGUCACAAAUGUUGCUGCCCCUCCUGAACAAUGCAACACCCAAGAUGCAUUUCAGCUUUCGUCUGUGAAGUCUGGAAGCAAAUCUAUAAGUGACAUUGAUGCUCCGAUGGAAAUGGAGGCACCUGUUACAUCUGUGAACUAUUCAGUCACAAACACCCUGCCAGCCCAUUCUCUCCUCCAAAUCUUCUCCUCAGAUCCUGGUUGGAGUAGAAGAGACUCCAGCUGCCUGCCUCGUUCUCCCAGCAUGCCUUCACUGAGUCAAAUAACCUCUGAAAAGAACAAGACCUUAACACGAGUUGAAAGCUUACCUGAGAUUCUGUUAAAAACCAGCUUUGAGGAGUUUACACCUGAUAUCACUGCUGAUGAAAGCGAUGAAACCUACAGGUUCCAGUGCUCCUGCCCAGGCCUGUACCAGUGCAGUGUGACCGGCCUGGUGUUCAACAUGGAGGGAGAAGGGGACGUGGUCUACAGGACUGUCCCUUGGAACAGGAGGCUACUGGCCCAGCAUCACAAGAAGCCUGCAGGACCCCUGUUUGACAUCCAAUGUCCGCAGCAGUCGGUGUGUCAGCUUCAUCUCCCACAUUGUGAGAUCCGCUCCACAGGUGGAUGUGAUUUCUUGUCAGUUGCUCAUGUGAACGAUGAAGGCAUUGAGUUUAUCAGCCCUCAUAGGAUAACAGAAACUCAUGUUUUUACAAACAUCACAGGGUUUUAUGGUUUUGGUAAUGUCAAGGAUGAAGAUUCACCACCUGACCUGGUCCGAGCGCUGGUUCUGCUGUUCUACAGGCCCCCAGCUGAUCCUGAUCUUAGAUCCAUCCUCAAUGUGUUGUUGCUACCAAGGAACAUUGUUCUCCGGGAUGUGCUGGGCAUUCGGAAGGAGUUAUUUGCAGAUGAGAACUACAUAGAGACAUCCUCACACUGUAAACUGCACCCAUAUCAGGAAUACACUCUGUCCACUUGUCCUGAAGACGACUCAGUUCUAGUUCAACCAACAGAAGCAGAGUUUGACUGUGACAACUGUGACAACUUCUUGCCAUCAUUUCAGGUGAGAUUAAAAACAAUCCUUACAGACAUUAACCUGUUUUUGAGAGACACCAACAGCUCCAACAGUGUCUGGGAAAGAGAGGUUAGUCUUUCCACCACCAGAGUAAGAAGGUCCUGUAGGCCGAGCGCUGUAAGUUCUAAUGACAGGCUGUUUGCGAUGCGGAGCAGCUUCAUCGAUGGGAUAUCAGGACCUGUUCUCAAAAGUCUGCUGGACAAACUUUUGGAGAAAAAGGUGAUGGCUGAUUCUGAGAGGGAGUCAGCGGACUCGAUGAAAAACACAAGAGACAAAGCUCGUUUUGUUGUCGACACAGUGAGGAAGAAAGGUGAAGCUGCUAGUUCAGAGAUGAUUGAGUUCCUCUGUGAUGCUGACCCGUUUCUCUGUAAACAUCUUGGGUUGAUCUGAAGCUAAAUGAACAGGUGAUGCAUUCAGUUUAAGAGUAUUUUCUGCAAGAGACCAUGAACACAAUAGCCCAGUUUCUUCAUAAAAGUGCAUUUGUAUCUGAUCAAAUGUUAAAAUAUAAGAGCUAAAUAGUAGGCCUCUAAUAGUGCAGCUGGUUAGUUAAAUUGGGUUUCCGGUUGAUGAUGCUGUGUGAACUACUUUUUCUUCGGGGAAUCUCCCUGAGCUGUUUUUACAGACUGAACAUGAGAGGAAACUGUGAAGAUGUUUAGAGCCACCUGCUGGCUGACAUGAGUUACUGUAAACUGUUGAUGCCAUUUUAUUUUACAGGAUGUUGGAGAUUAAGUAGCUCUUGUUCACAAAAGUUCCAUUUGGUGGCUCCUUUGGAGCUUCUGAUUGUAUCAAGUAAAUGUUUAAAUGUCCAUUUCCUUAAGUCCUUUAAAUGGAUAGUCCAGCUCUCUUCAAAGCCACCAGACUCCUUGUGAAUUCUUUGUGUUGUAAACUCAGUGGCCCUCAUUUAUCAUUCUUGCGUAGAAACGGGCGUAUAUGUUGGCGUAAGAUUAUGCUUACACUCCUCUCACCGCCUGAUUUAUGAAGCUGUGCGUACCUUUGAAAUCCAGGUGUACGCAAUACCUGCCCUUGAUAAAUGCCGCGGCUGAAAACGAUCGUCAUUAGAAUAACACGCCCCAAUAUAUUCUGGGUUUUGAGGCCUCGCCCCUACAAUUUACGA